AAUGAAAAAUGCACAAUUCGCUCGAAGUAUAAUUGCGUAAGGUCCUCAAUGUCUCUUUGUUAAGCGAACAAUCGUUGAUUUUUUUUAAAAUAAAAAUCCCCUUUAACCUUCUAUAAAAAAUUUGACAAAUUCAGAACAAUUAUGAGAUACGACAGAAAAGGAUCAAAAUGAAAUUUUCUCUUUUAGAAUAUUGCCUCGAAGAAUUCAUUUCGCUCCCCCCGCUAACAGUUAGAUCAAUAUUCCAGCAACCAUAAGCGAAGAAAUAAAAGAAAAUGUCACCGUGGUUUAUUCGGUGAAACGAAAAUUUAUAUUCGCUUUCUGCGACAGAAAAAAGGACACCGUCAAAAGAAUGUUGAAGUUAUGUUAUUAAAAUUUUACACGUAACAAAAAGGCUGUUCCCAUCGCCAAUGAAUUCAUUGAAUAAAUAACCAAAUAAAUCGAACGCUCAUGCUGUAUUAACUGUGCAUUCAAUCGAAACGAAAACUUCGUUCAUACAUUCUAUCGCAAACAAACUGUACACAGUGUUUUCCCAUUUUCAGCGUGUCUGACAGAUUACAUGUACGAACAUCGUCAAUUUCAGCGAUUUUAAAGAAAAAAAACAAUAUUGUUACAAAAUCAAUGCGAUUGUUAUCACCGAUGCGACAGGGCUUCGGGCACGAUUCGAAGUAAAAAAGAAUUAUUAGUGUUAGUUCAUAGUCCGGCAUCGCGAUAUUUUGCAGUUUUAUUUUUCGAUCGCGCUACGUCGCUUCCAAUCGCUUUUAUUUUGAUCAUUCUAACGCGUUGACCGACAUCGUACAUUUAAUAUUCGAUGAGCCGUCGUUAUGCAACGCGCUGUACAUUCACGCGCUAGAUGGACAAUCGCGAUUAACGUUAGCGAUACGGCGGUCGAUCAUUCGCGAGGAAGUCAUUUGUUUUUGAAAACGAAUGAAAAAUAAAUAUGAACGCGCAUACGUCGUUGGCAAGUUGAUAGAAAGGCAGGAGUUACGCGGUGGCAUUUUCCGCUCGACAGUGGCCUCUCGCAUAAUUGAAAGGGUUAAGACUCGUACAAAGUUGGGAGCUUUGUUACCGAGGUUGAUUUCGCGCAAAGGUCGAACAAGCAUGCCGAAUUCUCGGCGCUUAAUACAGUUCGCGUGGCCCUGACGGGCUUUGUGCCAGGGUAGAACGCAACGCGUGGCGUGUUAACGUCGAGAAUGUUAUCCGGAGUUUCGUAGCGAUUUCUCUGCAGACAGUGAAUCGAAACAGAUUCAGGAAAUUGACUGUGAACCGGAAGCGCCGACAAAUCAGAUCAAGAGCAUUGCUAUGCGAAACGCUUGGCUCUGAAUUAUGCCAAAGAAUUUGGAAACCUCCUCUGUGUCUCUAUUGUAUCUCUAUUUCGCGUCCUUGCACGCGUCUUCGAACAAAUUCUUUCGACAAGCAAAGAGAUAUUAAAUAAAUAAAUAAAUGACAAGAGAGGUUGUUCGUCGAUAUUAAUCUGCUCGAUGGACCAGCACACUCGAAGGGUAUUCCAAUUAUCGAGGAACAGCGAGGAGGCUGUCGCAUGGAAAAGGUCGCGGGAAGUUAAUUAGGGCGGGAUAAUCAUUGUCCUCAAGUUCAUUAUCCCAACAGGGGGAGAUGCUGCUGUCGCGAAGCCAGAUUACAGGAUGAAACAAGCGUGUCCUCCGCGCAUGAAUAUUCGUGGAUCCCGUUCAAUCGCGGAAAUGAAAGUUCGAUGGCACGCAUCGACGUCACCAGUCACGAACCAGGAUGGACACGGUUUCUCCCGAAUCCGAGGAUAUUAACGAGCAACGAUUCAAAACGGGACCAUAGAACGCGCGAUGGUUUAACGGAUGAUCGACAAUGCAUGGGAAUCUGACGCGUCGCGAACUAACACGUGCCAAUUCGAAGCGUACCGGUCCAACGCGUGACGAUAUUACUCGUCGCUGUACAACGCACGUGGCGAACUAGCGCACGACGCUAUAAAUGCAUGACCAUGUAAUGCACGACGAACUAACGCGUGGUCGUACAGCGCGAGGCGAUAUAUCGCGUGACUAUGCGAAGCAUGUCCAUUUAAGAUUAGAUUCCGCGAGACAGGAGUCUUAAUUACGCCAAUGAUGGGAUGCCGCCCACGCGAAAUUCCCUUUUAAUUAACCGCGUGGAUGUGGUCGAUCGAGUUGGAAAGUGACUUACAGAAUAUAAAAGCCUGGUUUUUCAUCGAGCGACUUCAUCCAGGAAGUCGCUGAUCGAUUCUAUUACGCGUUUACCGUGUUUUGCACUUAGCGAUUUACCCGAUCGUGCUUUUAGUACCUACUGGGAGAUGCCACUUCCUGAUCGAUUUCUGGUAAUUUCCAAGUUGUAUCCCUUUUACCGUUGGCCAACGAUAUUACAUCGGUCUCCUGAUGGCGUACAAAGGUAACCGAUGUAUACACACCAGAAAUGUAUCGCGACGCGCAGCUUCUGCUUUGCCGGAGAUUUAAAGGACGAUCGUACGCCACUCAAUUACGAGCGGUGCACCGACUACUUCCGGUCCGAUUCUCCGAUCGCGUAUCCGGAAACGAGAGAAGCCUUUGUGAGAAGGACAGUCUUUUGAAAGCGAGUCUUUGAGCCUGCUCUUUGAAGCGGAAACGUUAUCCGCUACCUUUCUCGUCUUUCUUCGCUUUUACUUUGUUCUUUUCUAGCAAUCCGAUAUGAUUCAAAACAUGUCUCGAUACACCCACAACAGGUGUAUCUCUGAAUAUCGUACGGAGGACAAAUUUCAUCUCGUCAAUUUUCUCGCUUAUGGCGCUCUCUCGAAAAGUUUCAAGACUUACCGUCUUCGUAUACCGACGUUUAAUAAGACUUCCGAUAACACGAAAUUAUUGCGUAUAGAAAGAUUAACAACUUCCUCGAAAUUCUCAAGAAUUUCAAUCAUGUAUGCCUCCGAAUUGUUUGAAAAUUUGCAACGCGGAAUAUUAAACGUUGAUCACCAGAUGCACGAGUUUCCGGGCUUUGAAGUUUGACAAUCGCGAACGCGUUGACAGGCAAUUCAAUGGCGUCUGUGUCUCGAGUUUCCGAGGUUUACGAUCGUCGACCGACAAGACACGAUAAUGAAAUAUACAUGGUAACAAAUGAACCGCCAAGUUUCCAAGAAACUCGCAGGAAAUCGAUGCUGUUCCCGCCGCGUUGCCGUCUGACUUCGCCUUCAAACUUUUGGAUCGCAACAUAACCGAAAGUUGUCCGGAAAUUUCCCGCGAACUUUCGCCCGAUAAAAAUACAUCUUUUCGUUUAAUUAAAAAAACAACGAACCAACGAUACCUCGUUGUAGCAAGUUCGUUUCGUUCUUGUUACGAAAAAAUAGCUCACUUCGGAAGUUCGUAUUAACCAUUCGAUCGUGUCGUGUCACGGAUAAAACAAAGUGUCAUGUUAAACAGCGAAACCUACGCAGGCUCGAAUUACUCCGACACGUUGUAGUUUUUUGUCCUUUGACAAAGGAGAAUUUUCAAUAAAAAGAGCAAAGCUUUACGAGUCAUUUGCAGAAGCAAUUAAAAGCGACUCCAAGUGUUCAGUCUCUAACGCUUAUCUCGGAGAAGGUGCAGAGUCCCAGGAUCAUUCUAAAGAUUAUCCCGGAUAAAAAGCGAGGUCGCGCCUAAACGUCGAUCCCACGGUAUUUUGGCCUAUCCUCCGGAGAAUCGAUAAUUGCCCAUGACGCGAGCGAGGGUGAAAAGAGAGUCCUGGCUCGUGGAUGGCAACCUGGGAAAAAAAGGCUCGCAUAAUAUUCCUGUCUCGUUCGUACGAUACAGUCGUCGUACACGCGAUCUCCAACUUUCUUAAGCGCCCUCUUUUCUUCGACCGAAACUUACAAUUAUUCGAGGUCGAUGAAAUCCUUGGAAAUGAACAAGCGAAAGGACGAGUAACACUCGAGAAUGAUCAUUUAAUCGAGUUCGCUUAAGCUUAACAUUAAAUUUGAUUUAAUCGAAUCCAUUGUUACGCGUCCCAUUGUACAGCCAUGUUGUAUGGCCAACGCGUUGUGUGGUCACGUGUUUGACCAUACAUUGUGGCGUCGCGUGAUCAAGCUGCUGCAUAUUGUAUCGUUACACGUAUCCACGCGUUGUACCGCUACUCGCUAGGUAUCUACACAUUAGAUUUCUACGCGUUCGAUAUUUACCCGUUGUAUCACUGCUACGCGUCGUACACGCUUCACCAAGCUUUACGCGAUAGAUUCUCACGCGUUAUUCGCCAUGAAAUCUAUAACCACUCGUAACUGCUUCUUCAAUAGCGCCGAAUGGAAAAGAGCGAAAUAUUACAUGAAUUUCUUUGUUGCGAAAGUCCAGUUCCUAUAAUCUCCUUUCUACGCGUCUACUUCAACUUCCAACGUUUUGCUUCGAGAAUCGAUAGAAUCAUAGAAUACCCUAGAGUAUUUCAUGCCAUAGGAAGGCAUGAAAAAUAGAAACUGCCGAUACCCGGAAUCAAAUCUGAAAGUUUCGUGUCGUAGUCAGCUACCUUAUCCAUUACGUCACCGCCUAUUCAUUGGUAUCCAUUUUUACGAUUCCUUUUAUCGUGUAGGAGGUUCCGUAAAUCUGAAAGUAGUAGACUUGAGAGCCAUGUUUAUUACGACCUUUUUUGCUAGCGUUUUAGAUGCGUAAUACGAUACGAAAUAUAGCGAAAAACCUAUCUCAUUGGAUCUCGUGUCUUAUUUAUUACGAGCAAGAUACCGGAAUCGAUAGGAAAAAAAUAUAUAACGUAUAGCAAGUGUACAAUACAGUAGUGAAAGUAACAAAUGUUGGUAAUAGCGUGUCAAUAAGAACGAGUCAAAUAAAAAGUAAUGAAACAAAGAAACGUAGUAUUGAAAACGUACGACUAAGGAAUAUACGUAAUACUGGAUAGAAGAAAUGCAUUUGAAUAGAUGUAUCUUUGGUAAGAAAGUAACUAAAAAGUGGAAUCGACGCGAGGACAAGAAACGCAGCUCGGAAUGAUUGAUGAUCCAGUAUCGGUUCGAUUCGAUAAAAAAGCGGGUCACCGAGGGAAAAAGCGAGCACGUUAAGUAAACACGCUUCAACAAGUAGAAAUAUGCGAGGAAUUCGCGCGCGAAAGCGAGCAAGCGAAUCGACAGCGAGAUAUUUCGCAGCAUAAGAGCGAGUAGAAGACGACAGGUGCCUCGACGCCUGCGUCGGUUCGCUCAGUAGUCGGCGAGUCGUGCUGGACGUCGGACGUCCGAUAUACCGUUCAGUUAUACUACUUGCUCGCGACCCUGACCAUCUUCGCGCCUCGAAAACAUCGCUUUCCCUUAACAUUGCCAUCUGUAUCGAUUAUCGAAUAUCGACCGCGACGAUCUAUCAGCUCAUCUGCUACGUUUUGCAAGCACUUAUCCACGCGUGUUUCUUUCGAAUCGUCCAAAAAAUUCGGAUAACGAGGAAUCGAGAUAUCUUCGACGACUUGACAGGGGAAAAUCGUAUCGAGGUUUCGAUCGGUUGGAUUUCAUUCGGAAGACUGUGGUUUGAUCAAAGUGAUAGAACGGAAGACGUUCGUCUGUUCUCGCGCAAAGGUGAACACCGUGUCGUAAAGGCAUUCGUUUGUUUAUGGUCCCGGUUGUGAUCUGGCUAUUCGCGUGGCGUGCACAGUGCUCGUAAGUAAAACAAGCCAGUGCACCAAGUCGAUCUGGUGUUACUCGCGAGAGAAUCGCAGAUACUCGUUGUUAAUCUUCGAUGAAAACAAACCCUGGCCGAAUGCUAUGGAAAUACGGAUAGGUGUCUUAACUCGAUUCAGCCCUAGCUACGCGUCCCUUUUACGUCGAGGUUCGCUUACGAUGCAAAUUUUGUCUCGCGUACAGUAAACUCGUUAUAUUGCCACUGAUGAGGCUAUAGAAAAGAGAAGUUCUUGGAGUCAAUAAUAUACUGGGUCGGAGAAAAUUUUCUUCUGUCGUUGCGGAUUACUCUAUGCGAUAAAGCGCGUGGCUAUCGAAAGGACUGCUCGUGUACUGGCUAAUCAAUUCCCUAAUAUCUGGAAACUUUUGAACACCAUUCUCAAAUUGUCCAAAUUGUUAAAUUGGAAAUUUUAAAAGUUGGGAUGCGCGGAAGCCUGUGCAAAGACGGCAAUAUAGCGCGAAUCCGGUGGAAUACAUUUACGGACAUAAUCGGAUGAAAUUUCACCUAAAAGGAGCUCAGGUUACUCGUGUAUUUAUCGUGUUUACAUUGAGAUCAGAGCAUUAAUGAACUCAUACGCGUGCCAGAACGAAUACUGGCUGGAUUUUCAUGCUAAGUGUGCAAGUUAAUCGCGAGCUAAUUCCCAGACACGCCUCUAGAGAUUAGAAGCAACGUCUGAAAUCGUAGCCAAGCGUAUGUGAUCCGUUUUAUGGGAUAGUAGGCUGAAUUAUUGCCAGUAUGUUGGAACUACGGUCCAGAUAAAUUAUCAAAGACACACCCACUUGAUUUUUCGACCGAGAUAAAAUUCCAUAAGUCACGAUACUCAUCCAUUUUUCAUGAGCGCCUUCGGGAAAAAGACGUUUUCCAGUUAUAAGAAUUUGACGGGCUCUUCGAUCAUUUUGCAUACACGUUUUCCGCUUCUUUUUCUUUCAUAAUUCAUGACAUUGCUCGCGAAUGUAAUUGGCGGGCAUGAUUGUACGAUUCAAACCACUUUGACCUAUUUAAUAAAAUUGAAGAUGGAGUCAAGGGAUGUAAACAAGAACCUAGAGAUUGAAGGAGCGACAUAAAAUACCAAACGUUUUCAUGGAAAGAAUUUCUAUGCGAAUUUCUGUUCGAAGUUUAGAAUGUAUCGGUAAAUCUAAACUUAGAAAUGCAAGCUUAUAUUGCAAAUACCGUAUUCUAUUAUAUAAACAAUCGUUGAUAGAAAGCCUCUCGAUUUACCGCGGACAGAUCUUGCUAUUUUAUGUUCGUUCGCCGUUAAAAUCGAAGAGAAAACGUAUAAGGUUUCGAAAAAUAUCACAGAACGUUUAACAUUAUAUUCAGUUGUUCGCACAGAAUAUUCAAGGUCUUUGGAAAAGCCUUGACACGACAGAAUAGACGUUUCAGUAAAUAUUCAUCGAUAUUUAUCCGAGUUAAACUUCGUCCAACUGUAUCUUUUCCUCGAAACAAUUCUCUUGUCUGAAUUUUAUUCUUUUAUCGAACGAAGCGGUCGAUCUUACAGAAAAAUCUAUAUUCACAAAUGUGCUAAACAGCUCGUACGACCAUGUCGAAAUAACAUGAAAAUGAAGGUGAAACAUAUUGCGACAUGAUUAUAAUACAUGUAAAAAAUAUUCUUGAAAAGAAACCUUAUUUUAAAGAAAUGUUACGACAUUAAUCGUCAAACAAAUUCGCCAUCGCGAACUUAAUUCUCCUCCUGUCUAAAUAAUCCCUCUUCGUAUAUCAUCGUGUAUUUACUUUAUCUCGUUUAUGAUCUGAGUAUUCCGGCUCGUGUACCACCCAUAAGCCUCCAUAAGAAUAAGAUGCCCGGUUUUAGUCCGCUCUGUCUCGAACAACGCGUUGAAUAAUGGAAAACCUCGGAGAGUUAUCUGUUCUUCCUGAAACGCGAACCAGGUACGUCAAAAGGUAUCGAUACGAACCUGUUCCGUGAUAUUAGUUCGUAUUUCCUCCACAAAUUAAUGCAACUUUUUUCUGCUUUUCGAUUCAAAUUAUACGAUUAAUAUGAAACUACUCUAUCGCUAACUUCUGAUGCAGAUUUCUCUACACAAAAUUAGUCGAAUAACGUUUAAUUACUUUCUAAAACAGUUUUAUUCCCUAAUGUCCCUUUUGCAGCUAACUCGCUUUUGAAGCGGACACAAUAUUUCGCAUUUCGUGUAAAAAUCUGUUGUCCAAUAAUUGCAACUCAAUCACGCGAGCCAGACGGAUAAUUAACAGGCUAGUGUGAGAAUGUGUUUACCUGACAAUCGGUUAAUCAAGAUAGGCUUUCGCAACCGAUUACACCUGUUAUUACGUGUACUUACGCAAAGGACAAUGUAAUAACGGCUUACAAUCAGCGAAGUAUAUCGGCGGGUUUACGCAACGAGACUUUGCUCGUAAUCGAACGAGAAAUUACUUCUUCAUACGAGUAAAUCGAUAUAUUUCUUCCACUCCGAAAUACAUUUCUUCCGUUCCGAAAAUUUCAAUGGCUUAUUCUUAUCGGAGGCUCGAAUCGAUUGUUGCUAGCUAAUUUCCGUCGACGUCGAAACGAAUUUAGAGGACAAACAGAGAGGAAAACAGGUGACUGGGACAAUUAAAUCGGUGAAACCGCGAGCGUCGAUUUCCACGAGCGCACAGAUUGCCAUGGCUUCUGGAUGCAAAAAUUCCAGUUCGCUCCCCGUAACACUUUUUAUUUCUACACAUUGUUCAGUCGCUUUUGAAGAACCAGUUUAGCGUUUUGUUUCUCUGUUUUCUAUAACAGUAAUAAAACUGUACGCUCGACACAAAAUAAGCUCUAAGAAUUCCGAAAGACAACUCCAUUUUUCAACCUGACUAAUUUUUCUGACCAGAGUGUACUGAAAAUACAGAAAGGAACACGUUCCUUAACCAAUCGCUUUGUUUCUAUUCUGCUCAUCUCGUGAUAAGCGAACCAAAAGUGGCUUUCAUUCCGAAAUUAAUUAGCUAUUUUGGCUAAGCUUUAAGCUCCAAAUUGCUAUGGCUUUGCCGUGCAUUUGUGUCAUCAAAUAGUGUUUGUUUUGAAUCGAUCGUUCAAUAUGCAAUACCUCUAAUAAUAUAAUAAUAAUACUACGCAGUUAUUUGACUGCAUUAAAUUCGUGUUAUUGGUUAAACUAAGCCUCGGAUGGCGCACCUGGGUCAACCGUGACCCAGAUCGAACGUAUGCAAUAGCUUAAAUUUAUCGACCAGACAUCUAAUUUUUAAAUAAUAUCCUCGACACAGAAAUCAUGGUUCAUACAUUCGUUAAAAGUAUCUCCUGUUCGAUAUAAGUUCUUUAUCCUAUUGUUCCGGCCGCGAGAAAGUUUAUUCAGAAAUUCUAGCUUAUAUUUCCAACGAAAUAAUUCGGGUUGUAUUUAUUCAUCGAGAUGUCGAUACGUGAAAGAAUGAUUUAAAGUGAAAAUAAAAGGGAAUCUAGAAUAUAGGAUGAAUUAUUGCUGUCCCGAUCUAUUAAUUUUGUAUACUCGUCGCCUAUGACUAACGUCGUUCGAUAUCGUACGAAAAUUGAGAAUGAAGAUGAAUUAUAGCGUGGAGUAAUCGUGACUGACAGGUAGAUAAUCGGAUACGUCUAGACGCGCAAAAACAAAUUCCUGCACGAAAGGAGGUGUCCGGUAUGCUACAUUCAAUUUCAUGCCCUUUCUGAAACCUACCGUAGCGUGAGGAAUUACUAGGCUUUUAAAACAAAAGGCAAAAAAAUGCUCGAUUUCGCAGCGAUUCGAUCAUUGGCUUAACCAGAACUUUUGUUCGGAACAGGUCAUGUUCCCUAACUUCGCUAACGGUAUCAACGUCCUACAUCGGGCACUGCGUAGCUUUCAGAAAUUUCGGAACUUGGAAUUUGGAAAUUCGAAACUUUUGAACGACGCUAUACGUGACCUGACAGAACGCUUUUUAAUUCCGCGUGGAACAAAUGGCGAUAGUAAAGCGAAGCGCGAUCUCUGAUACCUGAUAUCGCAUGACAGUUUGAACCCCUUAUUUCCUCGAAGGUGUAAAAAGUGUUUCCGAACCCGGAGGGAUAUUAGAUAUACACUCGUAAAAUGGUUUUCUCCAAUAUCGGAUACGACAUUUCUACGACGUCGCGUCACCUUUUGACAUUUAAAAUCGCUGCAUAAUCAAAAGGUUGAGAAACAGCGCCUUAUCAAAAGUUUAAGUUUUAAACCAUUUUUUUCUCAUCGAUCCGAACAGGGUAAAAUUUCUCCGAGAGAGACGGGGCGUUCGAACUGGAUCGAGAUUAUCGGAUGAACGACAGAGAGGGAGCUCCUAUUACCUUCACGAUCGAUUCGCAUCUAAGUAACUUCUCAUCGGCGAUUAGAAGGGGAACUUUAUCCCAUAAAGCAGCCUUCGACCUUUCCGACUUGUCACGACCGAUAAAACGAUGAAAACUGAUAGAAUAAAAAUCUAAAAUUAUGUUUCAGAAGAUCCUCAGGCUUGAAUGCACCGAAUUGAAAUUUAAAAUUUGGAAGCGAAGGUCGUCACCCUUGUGCAACUGGUGCUUUAACGCGUUCUACCACGGCAAUCGAACUGUUAAUGAUUCGAUAUAGUAAUUUGUGUUGACCUGUGUGUUAAAUUAAAUUCGUCGCGUCCAUUGUUCGUCGGUAAACUAGUAAAAGUGUGUUAACUGGAAGCGAAUUUGGAGUGAGUGGAAAACAGCUGGUUGCGAUGCGACAAAACAUGCAAUUACCUAUGAACGUGGGAAGCCGAAAGUUCGGCUGAAAACAAGCACCGAAUGCGCGUACAGUGAUUAAGUGUCAAAUAGCUUGCAACAGUUUUGUGCGUGGUUCUGUAUUGUUUGUUGGGCCUGUGUGGCCACCGCGAGGAGACCAAGAGGAACAUGGCUGAAGAGGAGAGACACGGGGAACCGGAAGCGACCGGUGCACCAUCCGAUUCCACGGAACAUCGAGUACCUCUUUAUCCGAUUACGGUGGAAAAUAAAAGGAGCACCGACAACGAGACGCAGGAAGAAACACAGGAGACAGUCGAGAAGAAGGAAAGGUUCUCGUCGGAGAACCUAGACCAAAGAUUGCAACAGAGCCACACGUUGUCGCAUCUGCAGCCAACCAACACGCAAGCGGACAGAAAAGUCGAGAUCACGAUCGACAGCGCAUCGGACUCGAUCAGCAGUCAAAGGGUAUACAAAAAAUCAUCGCCGAAUAACAAGCUCACACUUUACUUGGCGAGCAGAGAUUUGAUCGUGAGCGAGUCGAAGAUUGAUAAACUGCAGGGCGUGCUAUUGGUUGACCCUGACUACUUGCAAGACAAAAGGGUGUACGGACAAAUCACGUUGACUUUUCGCUACGGUAGAGAGGAUGAAGAGGUAAUGGGACUGAAAUUCUGCAACGAGGCUGUUAUGUGCCUAGCUCAAUUGUACCCUCCGUAUUCCGGGGCUGAUCACCAGGAGGCGACGCCUUUGCAGGAGGCGUUAGUGAAGAGAUUAGGUUCCAACGCUCACGCGUUCACCAUGGAAAUCACGCCUUUAGCACCCCCAUCGGUGCAAUUGGUGCCUGCGAAGGAAUACAAUGGGGCACCUAUAGGCACCAGUUACGACGUCAGAGCUUACGUAGCCGAGCGAGCAGACGAGAAACUGCAUCGGAAAACGACCGUCAGAAUGGGUAUCCGCGUAAUACAACGAACUACGAAACCACCAUUGCCAGCCACCAGCGUUUACAGCGUCCCGGUAUCCGAAAGCCCGUCCCCUGGCUCGAGAAGUCAAGCUUGCAAAACGAGAGUCACGUUCGCCGAGAACGAGAUCGCGGAAGACGAAGAGAAUGCGGUACCACACGCCGCGGUAGAAAAACCAUUUCUGCUGAGCGAUGGUCGUGUCGGUUUGGAAGCCAAACUGGAUCGCGCAAUUUAUGCUCACGGAGAUUCAAUCACGGUCCAAGUCAACGUCAAUAACAACAGCAGUAAAUCCGUGAGAAGGAUCAAGGUUUUCAUCGUGCAACACGUAGACGUAUGCAUGUUCAGCAACGGCAAAUUCAAAAACGUGGUGGCUUUGCUGUCGUCGCAAGAAGGUUGUCCGAUAAGUCCCGGGACAUCGUUGAGCAAAAGCUACACUCUCAGACCCAUAAAAGGUUCGACGAAAAAUUGGAUCGCUUUGGAGGAUAGUUACAUGAAGGCAGGGGCUACGUUGGCCUCGACAGUCGUCUGCCCUGGAAACGGUCCAGACGACAGAAACGUUUUCGCGAUAUACGUUUCGUAUUACGUGAAGGUAAAAUUGCUAAUGUCGGCAAUGGGUGGUGAAGUAUCCCUAAAGUUGCCGUUCACGUUGAUGCACAGCAACACGGACCCAGAUCUGGUCGGCUUUCCCUCUCCGAUCAGAGAUCCGGAGAAACUUUCGGCGAAUUAUGGAAAGACUUAUGAGGAAAUGACAGACGGUAUGGAGAAACAAGAAGAUAACGGACACAAGUACAAAAGCAGCAAACUGGAGCCAAUUAAGGAGAAACUGAAGGAAUCAAAGGAUGUCGACGUGGAUCUGAUAGAACACUGCGAAGAGGGCGACAGCACCUGAGGGCAGGUGCAAACGAUUGAAACGUCAUCGCGAUCAUCGAACAGAAACAAUAUUGGAGCAAAAAACGUGAAGAACACGAACCACAAGAAUUGCAAAUUGGGAUUCAAUAUACAAAGAGCAUGGUGUUGCUUCAGAAGAGCUUCUUAGUAACGGGAGAGAUAUGGAAUGCUUGGAAAAGUUGCCUAUGACGUUUUCUUUCUGUCAUCGACAGAAAAUCGAGAGGGACUCGCGACGAUACAUUGUCAAAAUGAUGUUUAAGACUUUUGAGGAAGAAAACAAAAAAUUGGGGAAAUUGUGUGAUUUUUAAGAGUAUUUUAAAUUUUGGUCAAACUCUAAAAACCAACUCGAGUAUCGAUUUUUCUUCCUUCAUCGACUGAACGUUUAUUCUCAUUGCAUUGACUGCCAGGAGAGUUACCAGUGAUCCCUCAAAUUUAAUACAAUUAGAACAAAGCAGUUAAAAAUUUCAAAUAAUGUUAUUAUUGUACCAAUAAUGUAAGAUAACACAUUAGAAGCUUAAAUUUCAGAAUUAAGUAAUCCAGCUCCUUUAUAAAUGUUGUUUUACCGUGGCAGUCAAUGUAUUACUGAACUGAAUCAAGCAUAUUUUGAUGCAAUUAAAAAUGCAACUACAAUUAUGCAGUUCCUACUUACCUUAUUCCUAAGACGAAAGUGUCAUACUGCCCUUUUAAUUAUUCAAGAUGAAAAUCAUAUUUCAUAACAUACAAGUUUCGUGUACUUAAAGGAGAAAAAUCAAUCAUACAGAUCGAUCAAGAGUACAGAAAAUCUCAAAAUCUAUUUUUUUAGAUGGAAAAUGUCUCGUACUGUCAAAUUCGAUUCUUACUUAUUUUGAAAUAAAUGUGUCGAGUACUUAAAUAAAUAUUACAAGUAUUAUUAUACCUUGUAGGAUAAAUAAAUUCAACAGGUCUUUUAUGAUAAUCAAUGUGUAAAGCUGUACAGACUGUAUCUUUAUCAUUGUAAAUAGCAAAUUAAUUCAAUAUCACGAUGUAAGAAUAUAUGUGAAACUUUAGCCUAAUGCUAUAUAACUUAUAAGUAAUUUACAACUAAAUAAAAUUUUUGUGUACAAUUGUUGAUGCACAAUUUCUUUUACCCUAGUUUACCCUGAUAUAUUAAUAUAAA